GCUCCGCGGCAUGUGGGAUCUUCCCGGACCAGGGCACGAACCCGCGUCCCCUGCAUCUGCAGGCGGACUCUCAACCUCUGCGCCACCAGGGAAGCCCCUCUGCUGAUUUUUGAUGGUUCUUUAUAAUAUCCUAGAUAUGAGUUCUUUGUCAGAUACGUAGUUUGCAAAUCCUUUCUCCCAGUUUGUUGCUUGUUCUUUCAUACUCUUAGCAUCCUUUUGCAGAGCAGAAGCUUUUAAUUUUGAUUAAGUCUCCUUCAUCGAUCUUUUUCUUAUAUUAUGUUUUUGGUGAACGUCUAUGAAACUUUCACCAAGAUUAUUGAACUAGCCUUGCAUUCUUGGAAUAAAGCUCACUUAGUCAUGGUAGAGAAUUAUUUUUAUAUAUUGCUGAAUUAUAUUUGCUAAUGCUUUGUUUUGAAUCUAUGAGAGAUAUUGGUCUGUAGUUGUCUUUUUUUUAAUACUGUCUUUGUUUUUUGUUACCAGGGUAAUACCAGCUUCAUAAAAUGAAUUAAAGCAUUGUUCCUAGCUCUUCUAUUUUCUGGAAUAGAUUAGGUAGAAAUUGGUGUUUAUUUUUUAAAUAUUUGGUAGGAUUCUCCAGUGAAAUCAUCUGGGACUGGAUAGUUCUUUUUCAGGAGUUUUUAAACUACGGUUUAAAUUUCCUUAAUAGAUAUAGUGUUAUUCAAAUAAUCUAUUUCAUAUUGGGUGAAUUGUGAUAGACUGUAUUUCAAGGAAUUGGUCAAUUUCACUGAGGUUGUCAAAUUUAUGUGUGUAUACUUGUUUAUAGUGGCCUCUUAGUAUCUUUUUGAUGACUUCAGGGUCUAUAGUGAUAUCACCUGUUUCAUUCCUGAUAUUGGUAAUUUGUGUUUUCUUCUUUUUUCCUUUGUCAUUCUUGGUAGAAGUUUGUCAUUUCAUUGAUCGUUUCAAAGAAACAUCUUUGUGUUUCAUUGAUUUCCUCCACUAAUUUCUGGUUUCUAUUACAUCGAUUUUUUUGCUCUUUAUUAUUUCCUUCUUUCUGCUUGCUUUGGGUUUAUUUUGCUCUUCUUUUUCUAGGAGCUAGGAGGAGCUAAGCUUAUUGAUUUGAGAAUUUUCCUCUUUUCUAAAAUAAGAAUUUGGAGCUAUACAUUUCCUUCUGAGUACUGUCUUCGCUGUGCCCCACAAAUUUUGAUAUGCUACCUUUCCUUUUCAUUAAGUCAGCCUCCAUGACACCCAGGGAGGAGAGGAUCCUUGUUACUGCCCAGCAGGGUGGGAGCUUCAGCUCCCCACAUGGCCCCCACUGUGGAGGGUGACCUUGCUACUGCCCAGCAGGGAGGACAGUUCAGGCUCCCCACUUUCCCUUCUCUGAUCCACCCCUCUCACCACUCUGACAUAGGGGAAGGGUUGAGGCACUGCAUUACAGCCUGGCAAGGGUGAAAAUCUAGGCUCCCUACUCUGCCUUGCUGGUGGGCAUGGGACCACAGUUUUUUUCUGCGUCGUCUGGCUGGAGUACAGCAGUUAUUGUCUAAAUUUUCUGUUUUGCUAGGCGGUCCCUUUCCUGGUUCUUUGACUCAAGAGCAGGAUUUUCUUGGGGCUUUUUGUGUCUGCACCCACUGGCCUUUCCAGGCUGCCAGCUUCCUCAGGACCAAGUCUGGAUACAUGAGAAAAAAGAACCCAGAGAACUCACUGCUGCAUCAUCUUGCUGGUGUGCAGACCCCAGGCCAGUCUGCCUUCUCAUCUCCUUUUCAGAGUCUUAUGUUUGCCUCGUACAGGCUUUUAGCUGUACUUAGCAGGAGGAAUAGGAACAAGUGUUUCUCCAUUAUUCUGGAUACAGACGUCCUCUGGCUGAUUUUAAGAUUUUCCCUUUUCAUCACUAGUAUUGAACACCUUGAUUAUGCUAUGCCAUGGUGUAGUUUUCCUCAUGUGUUUUGUGCUUGGGGGUUACUGAGAUUCUUGGAUAGUGGGUUUAUAGUUUUCAUCAAGUUUAGAAAAGUCUUGGCCAUUAUUUCUUCAAAUAUAUUUUUUUUCUGUUUCCCCUUCCCUCUCCUCUACUUUAGGAAUACAGUUACACAUGUAUUAAGUGGUUUGGAUUUUCCCCACAGCUCACUGAUGGUCUUUUCAGCAUGUUUAAAUCGUAUGGUACUCGAUUUCACUUGGGAUACUUCCUAGUGCUAUGUUUUCCCUUUUUUAAGAAAAAAGUUUGCUGGAAACACUUCUUUGGGGGAGGAGACACCACACUUCUCAAUUAAGAGAAACAUUUUUACAGUCCGGAGAUUUUUUUUUUUUUAAUACCUAUUAUGCCAAGAAUUUAUAGGGAAUGGGUUCCAACAGCUCAGGCUCCUUUCCACGGUUCUCACAGGUGCAGAACCAAUGGCUGCAUUUCUCCGGGUGGAGCCGCCUGGGUUUCAGUUGAGCCCAAGUACCUUUUGCUCUGGCUGCCUUCUUUUUUCUGAUCAUUUUCCUUCACAUGUUUCAGGAAGCUAUCUCAGCUCCUAGAGUGCUUAACAUGCUCAAUAUGUACAUUAAUUUUCUUGGCAAGAUUCUUGCCCUUGUUUGUUUGCAACAAUGCUGGCAGCAUGUUGGGAACACACCAUAGACUCUUCCAGUUUUGCCGUGGGAACAGCGGUGGGCUUUUCUUUUUGAGUAGUGCCAAUCCCCUUGAUGUCAACAUCACCUUUCUUGUAGAUUCACAUGUAUGUGGCCAAAGGAACAACUCCAUGUCUUCUAAAAGGCCUAGAGAACAUUUAUCUAUCGGAGCCUCUCCUCUUUCCUUUUGUGUUGGUCAUUUCGGCAAAUUAUCAGAAGAUAGAGGUACCAGCCCAAAAGCUAGAGCUAUGUUUCCAAAUUCACUAACCUUUUCUUCUGCAGUGUUGAAUCUACCAUUAAUCCAUCUAGUGUAUUUUUCAUCUCAGAUAUUGCAGUUUACAUCAAUAGAAGUUUGGUUUGGGUCUUUUUUUUUUUUUAACUCCCCUGUCUCUACUUUUUUUUUUUAAUAUUUAUUUUGGCUGCGCCGGGUCUUAUUUGCACAUGCAGGAUCUUUGUUAAGGCAUGCAGGAUCUUUAGUUGCGGCAUGCGGGAUCUAGUUCCCUGACCAGGGAUCGAACCUGGGUCCCCUGCAUUGGGAGCAUGGAGUUUUAACCACUGGACCACCGGGGAAGUCCCUCUACUUAACAUUUGAACACACAGAGUACAGUUAUAAAAAACUGUUAUAAUGUCCUUGUCGGUUAAUCCUAACAUCUGUCAGUUUUGAGUUGGAUUAAAUUGCUUUACUAUUCUGAGUCAUGUUUUCCUGCUUCUUUCCAAGCUGGGUAAUCUUGUUUUUUUUUUUUUUUUGCAGUACGCGGGCCUCUCACUGCUGUGGCCUCUCCCAUUGCGGAGCACAGGCUCCGGACGCGCAGGAUGUGCAGGCUCAGCAGCCAUGGUUCACGGGCCCAGCCGCUCCGCGGCAUGUGGGAUCUUCCCGGACCCAGGCACGAACUCGUGUCCCCUGCAUAGGCAGGCAGACUCUCAACCACUGCGCCACCAGGGAAGCCCAAGCUGGGCUCCGAUGCUGGUCUCUGGUAGAAGAAGGUGGCUCACGGCUCUGCUGCAGGCUCAGCGUUGGCCCUUUCAACCCUCCAGAGACAUGAGAUUGGUGCAGUUCCGGGCACCCCACCUGACGGGACCUCAUCUGGGCCUGGAGUCAGGGAAUGGUGGAGGUGUCAUCAACCUCAGCGCCUUUGACCCCACACUGCCCAAGACGAUGAUAGAGUUCCUGGGGCAGGGAGAGGCCGCUCUCUCAGUGGCAAAGAGAGCCCUGGCUGCCCAGUUGCCAGUCCUACCACGGUCAGAAGUGACAUUCCUGGCUCCAGUUACACGGCCAGACAAGGUGGUGUGCGUGGGCAUGAACUAUGUGGACCACUGCAAAGAGCAGAACGUGCCUGUGCCCAAGGAGCCCAUCAUCUUCAGCAAGUUUUCCAGCUCCAUCGUGGGGCCCUACGACGAGGUCGUCCUCCCUCCUGAGAGUCAGGAGGUGGACUGGGAGGUGGAGCUGGCUGUGGUCAUUGGAAAGAAAGGCAAGCACAUCAAGGCCGCAGAUGCCAUGGCCCAUGUGGCUGGCUUCACUGUGGCACAUGACGUGACUGCUCGUGACUGGCAAAUGAGACGCAAUGGAAAGCAGUGGCUGCUGGGAAAAACCUUUGACACCUUCUGCCCCCUGGGCCCUGCCUUGGUGACCAAGGACAGUGUAGCAGAUCCACACAACUUAAAGAUCUGCUGCCGAGUGAAUGGGGAGGUGGUCCAGAGUAGCAGCACCAACCAGAUGGUGUUUAAGACAGAAGAGCUAAUAGCCUGGGUCUCCCAGUUCGUCACUCUUUUCCCAGGGGACGUCAUCCUGACCGGGACCCCCCCAGGUGUUGGUGUAUUCAGAAAACCUCCUGUCUUUCUCAAGAAGGGCGAUGAAGUCCAGUGUGAGAUCGAGGAACUAGGUGUCAUCGUCAACAAGGUGGUGUGACGGGCUCUACCGCGGGCCGUGGACUUGAGGUGGGGGCAUCCGUUCCCACUGAGCCCAGCACAGGAAGAGGCGCAGUGCCAGCCCCCGAGUAGCUCCUCUUCCAGGUAGACGGGGAGGAGAUGGUGCUCUCCUCCUCAAUAAACUUCUUUUUGGCUUCCUUUA